UCUGUUUUAUAUAAAUCUCUUCACUCUCAUCCUCCUCCCCCUGCUCCUCCUCCUACCAAAAAUUAGGGUUUUAAAAAUUGGCCGGAGAGGGAGAGAUCCUUAGAACCCCCACCAUCUUCGUAGCUUCAAGCAUCUCUAUUUUCAUCAAUCAUGGGGAAGACACGUGGUAUGGGAGCUGCCCGCAAGCUCAAGUCCCACCGUAGAAGGCAAAGGUGGUCUGACUUACAAUACAAGAAGUCUCACCUUGGAAAUGAAUGGAAGAAGCCAUUUGCUGGCUCUUCACAUGCUAAGGGAAUUGUCCUGGAGAAGAUCGGUAUUGAAGCUAAACAGCCAAACUCUGCUAUCCGUAAGUGUGCUAGAGUUCAAUUGAUCAAGAAUGGGAAAAAGAUUGCUGCUUUUGUGCCCAAUGAUGGUUGUUUGAACUUCAUUGAAGAGAAUGAUGAAGUUUUGAUUGCUGGAUUUGGACGAAGAGGUCAUGCUGUCGGAGAUAUUCCCGGAGUUCGUUUUAAGGUUGUGAAGGUUGCAGGAGUAUCAUUGCUUGCCUUGUUUAAGGAGAAGAAGGAAAAGCCAAGGUCUUAGGUUUGAGAAAUAUGUUUAGGGCACUUUGAGAAAUAGUAGUGGAAACUGUUGUCAAGCUGUUUUUUGUGAACUUUGUUUUCAUUUACAUCAACUCAUGUAGUGAUUAUGCAACCAAUUUCUAUUAUGAUAGUUUUUACACAAAUUCUUGUCUAA